UCCGAAAGGCGGUUUAUAAACUCAAAUCAAGCAACUGUUUCUUCUCGAUCAGAUUACAUCAGCACUACUCUUGAAGAAAAUCAAACAACUGAUCAUCAUCUUGAACUAAUUAAUAAUUUCAAGAAAAUGGUUGAAAGAAGUAAUGGUGUUGCUUAUCGACGCCGGUCGAGGAAAGAGAAAGGGAAAGCAAAGAUCGGCGAACCCCCCGAUAGAUCAGAUUCCGACUCCGAUGAAGAUUUCGAGAUUCUACUGUCAUCGUUAGAGCAACCUUCCGGCCCGGGUGCCAGUUACUACCGAACGGAAGAAGAAUGCCUAUCGAAGACGCUAACUGCGUACGACGUGAUCAAGGAAAACGCAACACUGCAACUCGAUCAUGUUGAUGCGUUAAUAAUAUCCGGCGAUCCGAAUAUUAAAAACCAGGAUCCGGAAUCGUACUCGAAGACCAUGAUUGUGUUCGACGGAAUCAAUAGGAAAUACGCAAUGGUGUUAUCGAAGGUCAGAAGUGGGGGGAGCAUACACUACCAGAUUGGUGGAGGAUGGGGAAUGUUCGUUAGGGCUCAUAACUUGAAAGCUGGAGAUGUGGUUACGUUUUACGAGCCCGAUCGUGAUGACGAUGAUGAAAAGAAUACGAUGUACGUCGUUAAGUAUUUUAGAAAGCCUGCCGAUCGGAAUUUGAAGAAAAACGAGACUCCGAGUAUUGCUGUUAUUAGAUGAUGAGGACUAGGCUGGUGAAUUGAAGAAUCUUUCCUUUU